GUAGUGCUUAGUAAUGUGCGUAGCCUAAGGAACAAGGUACACGAGGUGGGUCUACUUGUAGACAAAUCUCGUCCCGACAUACUUGCUAUCACCGAAACGUGGCUGUCCCCGGAUAUCACAGACGGUGAAGUAUGUUUGCCUGGCUACGCACUGCUUAGAUGCGAUCGCUCCAUUGGCCGCCAAGGUGGAGGCGUCGCUCUUUAUGUGAGUUGUAAACUCGAUGUGUUGAGGACUUGGGUGUUCCAGUCGCCGGAUCAAACUGUUGAAGCCCUCUCGGCUAUUGUGUGCACUUCCUCCGCUCAGUUUACAGUUGUAGUGGUAUAUCGAAGUCCUGGUAGUAUCUCCAGGGAGGUUAUUGAAUUUAUUCGUACUCAGGCUGCCAAUAGGUGUCUAAUACUGGGUGACUUCAACCUCCCUGAAGUCUGCUGGGCUGAUCUAUCUUGCAGUUCGGCGGUGGGCACUUUCGGUUCGGAUCUCCUUGAGCUAACAUUGCAACUGCCUUUGCAUCAGUUCGUGGACCUCCCGACUAGAUAUAUGCGCAACCAAAUUCCGUCUACCUUGGAUCUCAUUUUUGCGAAGUCACACGAUUUCGUAAGUGAUAUUGCCUACGACUGUCCUCUAGGAGCCAGUGACCAUGUCUGCAUAUCCUUUCGAUGUGCUCUAACUAAGUGUCAUCAGGCUACCGCUGAGGCAUGUCCAAAUAUUUGGCGGGCAGACUUUAACGCAAUACGAGCCAAAGCUUCAGUUUUGCGUUGUGCGAUCACCGUGGCUGACACCGUUGAGACAGCCUGGGAGAAAUUUAAAGCGUACCUCACUGAGAUCUCUGCUCCCCACAUCCCAUUCACUAAGAGAAGGGUGACACGGGCGCAGCCUCCAUGGAUAGAUCAUACAGGUAAAUACCUGCUCAGGAAGCGCUCUAAGUGCUGGCGAACUUACCAAGCGGCUUCAUCAACCAGCACCUACGAAAGCUAUCGAGCGGUUAGAAAUGAAUGUAAGCAUCAUCUUAGAACUCUUCGUCUUCAGUACGAGGAGGAUUUGGCUAACGCAGCCGUAAAAACCCAAAGAAGUUCUUUGCUUACGUAAAGAGACGUAGCGGUACAAACUCGUCUAUACCGGCUUUACUACGAGCGGACGGGACCCAUGGGCAUACCGACUACGAUAAUGCCUGUAUACUUAGCGAACAGUAUACUGGUGUCUUUUCUCAUGAGGCCUCUCUACCUCAAGUUGAGCUGGUCACUAAAGUUCCGGAGGAUUCUUGCCUAACUGAAAUAAGCAUAACGGAGACACAAGUCUUCAGGCUAUUGCAAGGGCUAAAUCCUUCCAAAGCUUCUGGCCCUGAUUCAAUUCAUCCGAAGCUGAUGCAUGAAUUGGCCGCUGAGCUAAGUGGCCCUCUGACAUGCAUGUUUACAAUAUCACUCGACAGCUGUGCCUUACCUUCUGAAUGGAAGAAGGCAAUCAUCUGUCCGAUUUUUAAGGGCGGGGACAGAGUUCUGCCCGCGAACUAUCGGCCUGUCAGCUUAACAAGCGUAGUAGUUAAGUUGUUUGAAAAAUUGGUCAGGGAUUCGGUGGAGAAUCACCUGAUUAAGUUUAACCUUCUCAGUGCGGCCCAGCACGGAUUCCGUAAGGGAUUUUCAUGUCUGACAAAUUUGCUUGUAGCUCGUGAAAGCUGGGCUGAGGCAGUAGACAACGGCCACGCCAUCGACGUGCUUUUCGUUGACUUCUCGAAAGCCUUUGAUACUGUCCCACAUCAGCGACUCUCAUUGAAGUUGAGAUCGUAUGGGAUAUCUGGAGCCGCCCUUAAAUGGGUUUCUGCUUUCCUAGAGGGCAGAGAACAGUGUGUACGCGUGGGGCGUAGCCUUUCGCUUAGACAAGCUGUUCUUAGUGGCGUUCCGCAGGGCUCGGUUCUAGGGCCGUUGCUUUUCGCAAUUUAUGUCAAUGACCUACCCGAGGAGCUUGGAGUACCGUCGCUAUUGUUUGCUGAUGACCUCAAGCUCUGGAAUAUUGUGGAUAUCCCUGGUGGCUCUGAGGCACUUCAGAGUGCUUUGGAUAGGCUCUGGGAUUGGUCAACCUUAUGGUUGAUGCCCAUAAAUCAGGCGAAAUGUUCUGUCCUCCGCAUUGGAGGUGCUAGUCCCCCCACGCGCUAUGUAGUUGGUGGAAGUGAACUCCCUGUUGUCAUUCAGCAGGUUGAUCUAGGUAUCACCCAUACCUCCUUGCUUCACUCUGGGGAAAAUUGGAGGAAGGCUGCUUGUAGAGGGUUCCGUAUGAUGUGGUUUAUUCGCCGCUCCUUCGGUGUCCUAACGGCCAAUAUCUUUGUGAAGCUGUUCUCAGCUUUCGUGCGACCUCACUUAGAGUACUGUAUCCAGGCUUGUCCACCUUGUCUUGUAAGGGACAAAAUGGAACUGGAGAGGGUUUUGCGAGUGGGUACAAGGUUAGUGCAAGGAUUACGGGGGCAAACGUAUCCCGAACGUUUGCUUAGCUUGGGUAUGUACUCAAUGCACUACCGCAGAAUUAGAGGAGACUUGAUUCUCACUUACCGUAUCUUAACGGGUAAGAUUGGUCCAAAUUUAUCCUGGCUAUUUAGUCCCGCCAAGCUGCCUAGUCUCCGAGGUCACCCGUUGAAGCUGCACAAACAGCGUUCUGACCGGGUAAGGACGGAAACUCGCUUGUCGCGUCGAGUUAUUGAACGUUGGAACUCGCUUCCAGCGCACGUGGUUAGGGAGUCUACGGUAGAGGGUUUCGAGCGUCAAUUAGAUGCUCUAGGGUGGCAGUACCAAACCUUCCCCUUCUCCUAACCGACUUGUAUCUUCAACUUUCCCUUCGUUCUUUUUUAAUCUUCUUCUCACCUUGGUAUUAUCAUUAUUUAGCUGACAUUCCUCCUUUUCUUUUCUUAACUUACCCUUCACUCUUUUACUUCACAUAAACCGGCCCGGCAGGGACUGCUGGGCAGGAAAAUGUGGGCAGUAAUUGGUUGGACAGGGUGUGAUGCGGUCUUUGUUUUAGACUUUUCAACAUCUCAAGCAGACCUGUCAAUUCCCGAUCCAACGAUACGCAAAAGAAGGAACAUUCACGGGAUUAUCCUAUCGUUCCGGUCCCA